AUGAUUAUGACUGGUGCUCUGGCGCUUCAUGGGAGUUUGACUAUAUUCUCAUUUUUUUUUUUGCCUUGCGAUUGCCAUUUCCUGGACCUACCCAUCUACUUAGUUUUCUCUUUUUGCUUUGGUUCUCGCAAGCCGCCUCUUUCAUGGCGCAACUUCUUUUGCUCUCUCCUUUGUUGGGAUACGCUUUUAAUGCUUCAUGAUGAGUUAGGAACGUAG